AUGGAACAUACAUUGAUUGAAACCAGUCUUUUUAUAGUUGAUCGUAGUGGUAGAGUGGUUGAUAACUCAACAUCAUGCUGUGUUAAUUCUACUGCUUCAUUUAAAUUUAUUUAUUGGGCAAUUGAGAACAGAAUUUUAUUAUAA